CAGUGUAAGAUUAUGGUUGGUACUGGGGGCCAAUGAGUUUUGAGGAGGCGGAGGAGAAACUGCAGGGUCUGUCUGAUGGUUCAUUCCUAGUGCGUGACUCAUCCAACGAUCACUACAUCCUCAGCCUGAGCUUCCGCACUGAGAGCCGAACCCGACACUGCCGGAUAGAGUAUCACAAAGGUCGCUUCGGAUUCGGCGAGAUCGAGAACUCGUUUGGUUUCGUCAGCGUCGUCAACCUGAUUGAGCACACCGUGCUCGAGUCGAAGAAGGGCAAGUACACGUUCUACCUGCGUCACCCGAUGUUCGGCCGGCCGCCGACGCGCGUGCAACUCACAACGCCCGUGUCACGCUUCGCCACCAUGCGCUCCCUCCAGCACAUGUGCAGGUUUGUGAUAUUGCGACAUGUGAGGCAUGACCACAUAGAUAGACUGCCGCUGCCACAGAAGAUUCAGAAUUACCUGAACGACCCCCAUUAUUAUGCUGAGUGAAGCUCGAAUAAGUAAGCACGUCAGUGGAAAAUCAUGCAUACGUCCAACAAGAGAAUUACCAACCCCCAAACUCCCUAGUUAUACCAGUGAUGUGGUAAUUCUGCCAAUUAAAUAUGCUAGCAUGAACAUAAGUAUGCAUAUAUUGAUGAUUCAGCAGUGGUUUUUAUUAUGCAAUUUACCAAAGCCAAUGACUGGUACUAAUUGGGUAUGUAGAAUAUAGUAAUUCUCUUCUUUGAAGUAUACUUAGUAAAUUAUAUAAGGGCAAUCAGUAUGUAGAUCACGAGUAAAACCCUGGUUUUUUUGUAUUCCGUAAAUACCCCCUUGUGUACGCGAGUACUGCAGUGGUGCUGUUAACAGUGGUGUACAGAUCGUGUGUCAAAAACCCAGUUUGCUCUGGAGACUCAGCCAGAAAUCUAGUUAUAAAUAAAAUGUAUGUAGCAUGUAGGUAGAGAAUGUGUAGAUUGAAUACUCUUCGUGGCCAACGUUCUAUGUAUAGAACCAAAUCUCUUCCAGUUGGGCUGUACAGGUACCAUAGCCGCUGAACAUGGAACGAGGUUUAGUUCUCGUUUUUUUUUCUAUUGUGACGAACCCCAAGUUGGCGUUAUAGACUAGCUUGCCAAAUGGUUACUGUGGGGUGUCAGCAGUGAUAUUUCUGUUCCACGAUCUUCCAUGGGAGUGAAAGCGGUUAUUAUGAAUCGACGAAGGGCUUUCUGACAUGAUAAUACAAGUGUGUUAGGAACGUUGUUAUUUAACCACAUUCUAUAUCUGCCAACAUAAUAUUGUUUAAUGUUUUUAGAAGAAGAAUCUAACAAAUAUGUAGACCACAAACCGGUAUAAUGGCCACGAAAGAUCUUUUAUGGGUGCAAUGACAACGAUAUUAGGAGUAGAUCAGCUAGAAUUUUAUUUGUGGAUAUUACGAUCAUUGGGUUCUAUAGGCAAGACAGUGAAUCUACUGAAUGUUGAAAAAAUGAAUUGUUGAGUGUAAUAAAGAUAUAAUGUUUCGUGUUAUCAAAA